AUGCUGCACACUGUCGUGGCACUGACGAUGAUGCAGAUCUGGACCAGUCGCUUCGGGGAUUGUCAGCCAGAACCGUCAGAAAGUGUGAAGUUGAGGUUGGUGAAUGGCGGCAGUCGAUGCGACGGGAGAUUGGAGAUUCAGUACAAAGGAAACUGGGGGACUGUGAAUGCUCGUUCUUGGGAUAUGCCGAAAUCGAAUGUAGUGUGUCGGCAGCUGGGCUGUGGCGCUGUACAUCAAGCCUUUGCUGGUGGCUAUGAGGAAGGAUCCGGACCUGUUUUCACGCCGAAUAUUCAGUGCGGUGGGAGCGAGGCCUCUCUUCAGGAGUGUAAAUCAGAGCCAUGGGGUGACACUGGCUAUUCACACAGUCAGGAUGUUGGCAUUGUUUGUAAAGAAAGUUUGAAGGUGAGACUGGAAAAAGGAGGCAGUCCAUGCGCCGGGAGAGUGGAAGUGAACUACAGGGGAUACUGGAGACCUGUCUAUGCUUCCAGCUGGGAUUUGCAGGAUGCAACUGUGGUGUGCAGAGAGCUGAGCUGCGGCGCCGCGCUGAAAGCCCCGCACGAAUAUCACUUUGGAAAGGUUUUUGACUACAUUAUAACGUAUGAUGUUAACUGCACCGGGACCGAGGCUGCUCUGCGGGAAUGUCAAUCAGAAGAAUGGGAUUUCUACACACACCCUGAACCCAACUAUGCCGGCGUUAUCUGCGCAGGGAAUUCUGUAGCACGACUCGUUGAUGGGGACAGCAGAUGCUCUGGCCGGGUGGAAAUUCAGCACGGGGACCAGUGGGGAACACUUUGUGAUGAAUACUUCAGCUUGGAAGAUGCUGCCGUGGUCUGUGAACAGCUACAGUGUGGUGCAGUAAAGGCAACUCCCAGAGAUGCAUACUUUGGCACAGGAAACGGGCCGGUGUGGAAGGAUAACUACAUUUGUUUGGGCAAUGAGUCCCGAUUAGCUGAUUGCCAAGUCUCAGCGUGGAGUCGGAUCAGUUGUUCGCAUGGAAAUGACGCCAGCCUGAUCUGCACCGAUGAAAUGUGGUCUGUGCGGCUGACCGAAGGGGAAAGCCGCUGCGACGGCCAGGUGGAGGUUUAUGAUAAUGGCAGAUGGAGCAGAAUACAGGAUAACUUUUGGACUAUCAAUGAAGCCAACGUCGUCUGUAAGCAACUGCGUUGCGGUGUGGCCACAUCCUCCUACAUCGCCUCUGGGUACAGAGGGAAAGAAGGGCCCGUGUGGGUGACCGACCUUCAGUGUGAAGGAAGCGAAUCUCAUCUCCAAAAUUGCAGUGCUUCCAUAUUCAAUCGGUCUUUCUCUGACUUCAUCGGCGUUGGCGUCCUGUGUUCAGGUGAAUAG